AUUACAUCAGUUACUUUGCACAGCUUCAUUCGACCGCUUUGCCAUAGAAGCAACUUUUUAGGUUUCGCGAUAUAUUCGAGAACACAGCACUGCCAUUAUGAUACUGAUAAACUUCUUGAAAAUCUGCACCUUGCUGAUCGUUGUGGCAGCGUUGUUGCCACAAAGUCAAAGCCAACGCACCGUUUGUGGCCCGGCCUUGGAUGCUGUACUCAGCACCAUUUGCGUCCAUGGCUUCAACUCAAAGUUCAAGAAAUCAGUGGAGUGGGAUGAUCUGGGAAACAAUGAAGUGGACUACGGGCUGCCAUUCCCAUAUGCCAACUCCCCAUUCUUAGCCAAGAUUCACGGCGCCCAAUUUGACACGUUAGCCAAGACUCGUCGCCACCGAGACACGGUGGUAACCGGUGUUUAUGAUGAAUGUUGCAGCAAGGCCUGCAGCUACAACGAGAUUCUUUCCUAUUGCAACACAUUUUAAAACUGAAGCACCACUACACUAAGCACUGAAGCAGAGAUUUCAGCGUACUACAUAAUAUUAGUUACUCGCUUUCAAUUAGAUAUUUGUAAUUCCUACGCUAACUAAAAUUAUUAAAAAUAAUCAAAAACUCAAAUAAAGAGACAUGAGGUAUAAUGUCUCUGGCUUAUUUUAAGAAUAAAUGGUAUUCGGAUAAACAUAUGUACAUAUAAUUUUACUCGCCAAGAUAAUUGCCACCGGCUUUGCUCGGACAUAAGCUUAAAAGUUAUAUUUAAAUAAAUGAAGCAAACUAUUUGAAAUUGCAAAGAAAGGUUUUCAAAAAUAAACAAAUGCGGCAACAGUUACUG